CUGUCCUGUGAUCUCGCGAGAGGAGCUGAGUCCGAAGAGCGGAGUGGGUCCGAGAGGCCUUUGUGGGGCUUUGGUGUCUUGGGCUAACUGGAUCGUGCAAAUACACAAAUGAGCAGAACAACAACCUUGCAGCUGAGAGAAUUGGAUACCUAACACAAAAGCCAAGACCACCUGUCACCUGUUGGAAUUUUGCUUAAUGUAAAUGAGCCAAGAGUGGUUGUUUUUUUCUGACACCUUCAUGAAGAGGGGAGAGAAGCCUGAUGGACAUAGACAAAUGAGGCCAAAAACAUUCCCUGCCAGCAACUUUUCUGGGAGUAGUCGCCAGAUGUUGCAGGAAAUCAGAGAGAGUCUGAGGCAUUUACCCAAACCAUCAGGUGAUGCUGGGAGUACUGAUCAAAGUAUGAUGAAGCUGGGUGCAGAAGAUUCAAGACAACAAGGCCGGAAUGCUCUAAAAUUUGUAACUCACCAAAAAGCCCUUCAGGAGAUUCGGAAUUCCUUGUUGCCAUUUUCAAAUGAGUACAGUUCGUCAGUCCGUGGAUCCACCGAUGUAAACAAGCAAAUGUUACAAGAUUUAGUAACUGCAGGGUUUGAUGAGGACAUGGUAGUUCGAGCUCUCAAGCAGACCUACAGCCGCAGUAUAGAGGCUGCAAUUGAAUACAUCAGUAAGAUGAGCUACCAGGAUACACGGCGAGAGCAGAUGGUCGCUGCAGCUGCAAGACCAGUGAAUGCAAGUGUGAAAGCAUCAGCAUCGAACACUGUUCAGCAAACAAUUAACAGGAGGCCAAGCUGGAAGGGUUCAAAAGAAUCUUUGGUUGCGCAGCGACACGGUCCAUCACUGAUGGAAGGCGUGGGAUAUCGAGCAGACAGCCCAGUCUCCCAGGUAGAAAUGGGUCGGCCGUUAUCUUCAAGCUCUGGAAUAACUGCAUACACCCAGAGCCAUCCGGGAAAUGGACAGGGGCCUUUGGGAGCAGUGAACUCUCAGAGAGCGAAUCCCCCACCACCACUUCCAGUGAGGAGUGUAACUCCACCACCGCCUCCACCCAGAGGGCAGACUCCUCCCCCACGUGGCACCACACCUCCCCCACCCUCUUGGGAGGGGAACCAGCAGCCAAAACGUUUCUCUGGAAACAUGGAAUACAUGAUCACGCGGAUAUCUCCUGUGCCACAAGGAGCCUGGCAGGAUGGGUUCCCACCAUCCAACCUCAGUGCUGCCUCUAUGAUGAAUCCACCACCCCAAGGCCAGAGAGGGAUUAGUCCUAUCCCACUGGGGAGGCAACCUAUUAUCAUGCAAAAUGCCACCUGUAGUAAAUACAACUACCCAGCAGGCCGAACAGGCCACCAGAACGGAUCGGCACAACCAGACAGCUCAAUAGCUGGGCACUUUGUGCAGCACCCAAGUGUUAUGGGUGGAAACCCGGUCAAUCGUCAGCCACCACCGUACCCACAUUCUCAGUCUAGCCGACUAAGUCCUAGUGCCCUCCAAAUGCAAGCUGGUGGAACUGCUGCUUCCACCUACAGCAACCUGAAUGGAAACAUUUCGCAGUCUGUCAUGGUGCCGAACCGAAACAGCCAGAACAUGGACCUUUAUAACAUCAGUGCAUCUACGAUUGCAUCUUCAUGGCCGCAGCCACCUCCAUCUCAGCCCCAGUCUUCAAGUGGUGGCCCGGACAUGCCUAACUGGCACCCUUCACAAAAUCUGAAUGCACCAGUACGGUCCAAUUCCUUCAACAAUCACCUUCUGUCCAGCCGGCAGCCUCAUUCCAACUCCCAGCCGUCCGCCACCACCGUGACUGCCAUUACUCCCGCCCCCAUUCUGCAGCCUGUGAAGAGCAUACGUGUUCAGAAACCCGAGCUGCAGACUGCGCUCGCUCCCACUCACCCUCCCUGGAUGCAGCAGACUGGACCAGUUCCUGAGUGCCCUACUCUGGCUGAAGCUCCAAGUUAUCAGCCUCCGCCUCCACCAUACCCCAAGCACUUACUUCAGCAGAACCAGUCUGUGCCGCUGUAUGAUUCCGUAGCUAAAGCCAACAAUGAUGAGCACACAGUAAAGCAGCCCAUAUUACCAGUGCCUCAGAGCACAGAAGAGGAUGAGCACGAGAAGCCCACUGAAUACGGGGAACGGUUUGAUGCUGCAGAGAAGGAAAAGAAACAGAUUACGACAUCACCUGUCCCGGUGCGGAAAAAUAAAAAGGAUGAGGAACGUAGAGAGUCACGGAUUCAGAUUUACUCCUCGCAAGCCUUCAAAUUCUUCAUGGAGCAGCACGUGGAGAAUGUGCUCAAGUCUCAUCAGCAGAGGUUGCAUCGCAAAAAGCAGCUGGAAAAUGAAAUGUCGAGGGUUGGGUUGUCUAAAGAUGCCCAGGAUCAGAUGCGCAAGAUGUUGUGCCAGAAAGAGUCCAAUUAUAUCCGCCUAAAAAGGGCAAAAAUGGAUAAGUCCAUGUUUGUGAAGAUCAAGACCCUAGGAAUAGGUGCAUUUGGAGAGGUCUGCCUAGCUCGGAAAGUAGAUACCAAUGCAUUGUAUGCUAUGAAAACAUUGAGGAAGAAAGAUGUGUUGCUGCGAAACCAAGUUGCUCAUGUGAAAGCUGAGCGGGAUAUCUUGGCAGAAGCUGACAAUGAAUGGGUGGUCCGACUCUAUUAUUCAUUCCAGGACCGAGACAACCUUUACUUUGUGAUGGACUACAUUCCAGGAGGGGACAUGAUGAGUCUCCUAAUCAGAAUGGGUAUCUUUCCAGAACCUCUGGCACAAUUCUAUAUUGCUGAACUGACCUGUGCUGUGGAAAGUGUCCACAAAAUGGGCUUCAUUCAUAGGGAUAUUAAACCCGAUAACAUACUGAUUGACCGAGAUGGCCAUAUAAAGCUAACUGACUUUGGGUUGUGUACUGGUUUCCGAUGGACCCAUGAUUCCAAGUAUUACCAAAGUGGUGACCAUCCUCGGCAGGACAGCAUGGAUUUCAGUAAUGAAUGGGGUGAUCCCAAGAGCUGUAAGUGUGCGGAAAGACUAAAACCACUGGAGCGGAGGGCAGCUCGACAACACCAACGCUGCCUGGCCCAUUCCCUAGUGGGCACACCAAAUUACAUUGCACCAGAGGUCUUGCUCCGUACAGGUUACACCCAGUUGUGUGAUUGGUGGAGUGUUGGUGUCAUUCUUUAUGAAAUGUUAGUGGGACAGCCUCCUUUCUUGGCACAAACUCCAUUGGAAACACAGAUCAAGGUUAUAAACUGGCAGGCGACACUUCACAUCCCGUCCCAGGCUAAACUUAGUCCAGAGGCCUCCGAUCUCAUCAUCAAGCUCUGUCGAGGUCCAGAAGAUAGACUCGGAAAGAAUGGCACAGAUGAAAUAAAAGCCCAUCCGUUUUUCAGACUAAUUGAUUUCUCCAGUGACAUCCGGCACCAAUCUGCUCCAUACAUUCCCAAGAUAACACACCCGACGGAUACCUCCAAUUUUGAUCCUGUGGAUCCUGACAAGUUGUGGAGCGAUGGGAGCGAUGGAGAAAGUGUCAAUGACACACUCAAUGGCUGGUACCAGAAUGGGAAGCACCCAGAGCAUGCCUUCUAUGAGUUCACAUUCAGGAGGUUUUUUGAUGAUAACGGUUACCCUUACAGCUACCCCAAACCAUUACAGUGUGAUUAUCUCAGUCCAGGAACACCCGAACAUCAAACAGAAAGUAACAGGGAAAGCACCGCAACGGGCAAAGGGAGCCAGAAUAGAGAGCUGGUUUAUGUAUAAAGUGAGAAUCUCCACUCUUUGCCCUUGUUUAAUUCCCAGGGACGGAUUUUAAGUUUUACCCAAUGCUUUUAUGUUUAGUUUAAGAAUUUCAGAAAAACAUGUUUUGUAAGUAUUAAUUUAUUUGAAUGUUGUAAUUUGAAGCCUCCAGUAGCAUGUGAAUUAAUAGAAUGCUGGUUUGAGUACCUAACACUAGAGUUGAAAUCAGUUGGAUCAUGUGAUCAGUAGUCGAUCAGCAAAAUUGUGCUUGACUUUAUUCUUCACAUACACUAAGUCUUAAUAAUUACCUUCAAUGCUCCCAUGAUCUUGGAGAGUUUUAUCUAGGCAAGUGCACAGUAGGUGCCUAUUUUUUUUCAUUAAAAGUAUAAAGGAGUCAUUUAGCGAUGCUCCACUCUUAGCACAGAGCCUUCCUUGAAGAGAGCACAAGUCAGAGGUAGGAAUGUGAUGGCAUAGGGGCAAAUCUAUAACCUGCACUUCCAGCCAUUGAGGCUGUAUGAGGGGAGUGGGGAUAGCAUUACUGGAGUAUAGGGCUAUAUCUGUUACCCAUUCACCCAUCUAACGAGGCCACAAACUAAGAGAGAUAUUAGGGCUUUAACACUAUAUGGCCCACUCUGGGACGCAUUUUGGGAGUGGGGAUAGGGCUAUAAUACUACAGGGCCCAUUUUAUACCCACAUUGGGAGUGGAGGUAGGGCUAUAACACUAUAUGGGCUAUUCGGUGACCCACCCUGGGAGUGGGGAUAGGGCUGCAACACUAUUUGGACCAUUCUGGGAGUGAGGAUAGGGCUAUAACACUACCGGGCCCAUUUUUGGACCUGUGCUCUGUCUAGCCAAGUUGUCCCUAUGGGAGCGAACAUACAUGUCUGAAGUCUGGAAAAUGGUCUUUUACGCUGUGCCUUAAAUCAUCCUUGCUUAGCUUUGACCAAAUAUGAAGAAAUCAAUUUGGUGUACUUUACAUGAAAAUAAUUUUCAUUUAGAAGUGUGUAGAACACAGGUUAUUAGCUUUCUCUUUUUUUCUAAUUUAUGCAUUGAAUUUAUUUAUAAAUUAUACAUGUUGUAUAAACAUUUAAUUUGACUGUAAAUACCUUCAUUGUCUCAUUUUACUUUCAAUGACAUUAAAUCUAAGAUCAUUUUCAACGUU